AUGCGCACCAUAUUGCGCAACGCGACUUUUCGCGAUUCGUACGAAGAUUUCAGCGGAGUCGUUGAGCCUUGGCUGCGGUUACUCAAGUACUCGAAACGAGUCCCUGAGGCAACUGGUGCUUCCGGAUUAUUUUUAUCGAUACAAAUAUUUGUCGCGGAAGUGUUCCAUCGCGUACACGUGCUGCUUUCGAACUCGUCCAGCAAUCUGAUGAAGAAGUUCAGUCGUCGUCUGAGCUUUCCGAAUCUUCGCUCGGCUUCGAGCAAAAAGUCACUGGACAUCGAAACAUUUCCUCAAAGUACCGCUGAGAACAUUUACUCAGGAAUCUGCAUGCGAACGCGAUCGACGGAGAAAAGUUUUUUGGUAAAUGAAUCUCCGAAAAGCGAUCGUCCUGUAUCGCUGUUCGACGGAGCACUGGACGGAAUAAAGUUUUCUUCGCCCUUGACGAUGACGGACGACGACUGUUUCGUUCUGGAAGCGAGUGAGGAAGUUAUACUUCCACCGCCCUCUAGUUUCGCCGACGAUGCCAGUUUCUCGAGCAGUCCAGACUACGAGGAGAUUCCGAACGACGAGCCGCUUGAGCCUUACCUAUCCACGCUCCCGUCCUACGAAGACAGUGAUCCGAAUUCCUUCAUCCUUCCCAGCGUUUGUGGAGAAUCGUCGUUGCUUGACGAGAUUGAAGCCGAGUAUCGUGGACGAGAAGUGCGUGGGGCUCAGUCGGCUAGUGUACGAGUGUCCAUCCUGGAAGAAUUCGAUCCGCUGCGGAGUUGCUCUUCCCCGAGCAAGCUCCCUGAACCGUUGUAUGCGACUGUGAAACCGCGGCGGGAAAUGGCGUGCCAAUCCGGAGCUGUGCAUUACGCAGUCCCGCGUGACUCAGUGUAUUCGUCGUACUCGGAUUCCUCGUCGUCGGGAUUCGAAGACUCGGUGAAAGAUAUGCUGCCUAGAUUCGAAGAUACCUUGGGUCUUGGAGACGGCUUCCAGCUUGCGGGGUUUAAAUUGUGUACGCUUCCGAACGUGUCGAAGCCACCGCUCGAAGGUUACCUCUUUCAUUUCAACGAGGACAAGAAAGAUUUCUCUCGUUUGUGGUGCAUUUUGAAAGACGGACUUUUCAAUCCUUUCGCUGGCCCAUUGCCUGCGAAAGGAAAGAUUGGAAAGAAGUGGUGUUUGGAGACAAAAUUCAUCACGACGAUCAGUUCAGUCACCAAGGGCUCACUUGGUGUUGUGGAAGGAAAGGACCUGAGUUUCUUUGAGAUAUCCAGUUUGUACGACGCCUCCGUCCAAGGGAAAAAGCCAGACAGAAGGAUCUUCGGUGCACUCCUUGACAGCGAUUCUAUGCUGUGGGUUGUGUCGCUUUUGAGCGGUAUUGCCCCGAGGUGCCUGAACAUUUUGGAAGAGAGAUUCAGCGAGUUCAGUAUUAUCGGAACCGUCUAUUAUAAGGAAAACGUCUCUGGGAUUUGGCGCACUGGAGGACUGAUGUUACUCGGCUCGGAACUCUUCCUUGAAUCCUUGGAAGACGAUCAGUUCUGGGAGAUGGAUUUACGGAAAGUUCGAUCAGUCGGUCUUAAGUCCGUGGAAGACUCGGGGAAUGCCUUAGGGGUCUACGACAAAGGCACUGUGUUCGUACUCACGAUGACCAAGUCGACUCUGUAUUUCCAAUGCGUUUUACUCAAGGACACAAAAACGUGGCAUUCGCGGCUUGGGGCUGCAUGGCAGACCUGCGGAAUGGGACCUGAGCUGGACAGAUUUUUCUUGACGGAAGACGAUGUGCCUAUCAUUGUGGACAAAUGCAUCAAGUUUGUUUCUACCCACGGCGUUGCUACCGAAGGAAUCUAUCGCAAGAGUGCGUCCAGCACAAGAACGACGGAGUUGUUGGAAAGACUGAAGAAGGAUCCUUGGGGUACGAUCCUGACAGUGGAGGAAUACAACGAACACGACGUUGCGAACGCAUUGAAGCGGUUCUUCAGAACCUUGCCUUCUCCGUUAUUAACUUCUGAUUUUGCGGAAUUGUGGAUCGCGUUUGCAGGAGUUCCUGUCGAAGGCAAGAAACUCGAAGGUUACGAAAACGUACUGAAACAACUUCCAGUCGUAAACCGAUGCACGUUGAAAGCCUUGAUGUUGCAUUUGCAUUCGAUAGCUUCUCAGCAGGAAAUAAAUUCAAUGCCAGCGAAAAAUCUUGCGCCUCUUUGGGGCCCGACGCUGAUGACCGUGGAAGCGAUGGAAAGUGAAGGUGGCUUCGCACGCACAUCGGAGCAAUCCGACGUGAUAUGCGAUCUAAUCGCUAACUUCUCACGGCUCUUCGACGUUUCGGACGACGAGCUGCAAAAGGAGGCUAAAAUAAUCUCGUUGCUCGAAAAGCUGAGGGAAGGAGCCAAGGCCCCACGCCAAUCUGGUGAUAUGCGAGUCUGGGUCUUUUUGUACGACGCGAAAAUGGGCAGCUCGGUUAGCAUCACCGUCACGCCGUCACUCACCAGCGGAGAUUUGUGCGCUCAGUUUCUUCGCGAGGGGAAGCUCAAGGGACGUCUGUCCGACUUCUCCGUUUAUGAGAUUUUGUUCGAUGGUUUCCUCGAGCGGCCGCUGCAUCAUUCGGAAAAGGUGCUGACAGCCAUUCUGCAAUGGACAACGUGGGAUGAGCCGUUCCGAGCGAAUAACACGUUGGUGUUGAAGAAGAACGACUUGUAUCCCAGGAUCGCGCAUUAUCAACCCCGACAGCCGUUGAAUAAUCUGGCGGCUUUGGAUUUCGCCGACAGACGCAUGAAGUCGUUCAAAAGCUACGUGUUCGAUUUUUCGAACGCGAUCUUGCAUUGUUAUAAAGAAGAGAAAGAUGCUCAGAACAAGAGCAAUCCUUUGCACGAGUGGAAAAUCGAGAAUAUCAUUUGGUACCUCGGGACGGAAUCGAAACGAAACGCCCCGCACAAGUGGUCGGUGACUUUCGUGGAGAAGGACGCUGUGAUAAAGAAAACCAAGGACUCGAAAUGGUUCGGUUACACGCUUUCAUUCAAGUCGGAAGAAGUCAGACUCCGUUGGUUAAGUUCUUUCUUGUACUCGAAGCACAGCGACGGUCUCGUUCCGCUGGCGAAGCCCGAGAGCGAUUUGCUUCAAUGAUUCAAAGCUUGCAAGUUGUGGCAAAGUCUUUCGUUCAUUUGUAUUGUUUAUUUUGGUUCUUGAUCUGACUUGAAGGUCGUGAGCAUGUUUGAGAAGUAAUUGUUGCUGUGAUGAAUCCAUUGCGUCGUUGUGCAUGAAGAAUAUCAGUGAUCUUGUUACCAGCCGAAAUAACUGGAAACCGAACUUCCAAGUCACCCACAAUGAAAUUAAUCUUUUUCUUUCUUAAAAUUUCAUUUCCUGGGCAUUGGCUUUGAACGACUGUUUGCAGAUGUUAUUUAUUGAUGAUGACCGACAAUUUUUUUUAUGAACAAUGAUGAUUGUGAUUCAUUUUUAUGCUGUACGAAUUGGACAAAGACGGCUUUUGAAUUUAUCUAUGGGUUCUUCUUGAAUGUCGACUUUCAUGUAGCUAUACUGUACUUCGAAUAAGAUCCUCAGUAAGCAAAAACGAAAGUUGAUUUUUUUUUACCGAGCGCCGAGCUUAGAAAAUGUAUUCCGAAUUGAAAUUACCACAUUUGUUUGAAUUAGAUGGUUUGCUAUUGAGGAAAUUCGUAUGGAGCUAAGAGUAUGAUUGUGGAUCACCUCUUGCGCGUUUCUAUUUUUCGUCAUGUGUAAUGUUCUGUCGUUGGAUUCUCUGAUUAAUUUAAUAAUAGAUAUUGACUAUUUUUGCACGGGAUCUGCGAGGAAAGAAAAAACAUAAAGAAAUCGGGAUGCCCGCUUUGGACCUCUGGGGAAAAAAAUUUUUUUUCGGGAAAUUAUUCCUUUCUUAUUCGUUGCUGAACGAAAAUCGGGUGAUCUACCCCGUGUGAAAAAAAGGACCAUGACGGAAUGCGAAGUGUGAUGUGGAAAUAAUAUUUUUUUUUUACGUCGCGUGGAAGGGAACUUUCGGAACUAUUUUGAAGAACGGAAAUGAGAUGAUACCGGGACGUGCUGGAGUGAAAUCUUUCGUACGCGGCAUCAAGUCACGGAAGGAAAGCUGUUAUAAUUUUCACCGCGCCGUUGGUUGAUUUGGACGGUGGAUUGUUCCGUGGAACAAUUUUUGUUGGAGCGAUGCGGAAGUUCGUGAUAAUGCACGGUUUGAUUGAAA